AUGCGUUUCUCCAAAGCCCUUCAGUCAUCGCCUCACUGUUAUCCGAGCCCAGAUGGCGAACUCAUUGCUACGCUCUUACCAUCAAGUAUUGUUGUACGGGCUAUCAAGUCCUUAGAUGUCCUACGAAGCAUCAAACUACCACCAGAUCUUACGGGCGGUGUAUCAAAUUUCGUUUGGUCGCCUUCCUCCACGCGACUAUUAGUAGCGGUUGUCGAUCAAAUACAUGUAUUUUCGGCCCGAGACGGCAAUUUUCAUGGAACCGUUAGGAUUCCUUCUUCGGCCACCAAGCCUACCUUCGUCGAUUUUGGAGUUACUGAUCACGAGAUUUGCAUUUGGUCGCCUUUCGGCAUCAAGCUAACCAUUAUCAAUUUUGCAAGCUCAAAAGCAGUAGAAAUCGCUAACCCCAAAUUUUAUAAUGCCGCUUCUGCGACGAAGGGAUACUCCUUUCGGUCGAGCUCGUAUCACCUUGCGUUGCUCACAAGGUCUUCCGGCAAGGACGUAAUUAGCAUACACUCCCCAGAAACGAGGGACAUUGAACGGUCCUGGUAUCCUGACACCAUCGAUGCCCAAGGACUAGCUUGGACUCCAGACGGGAGGUGGUUGGUGGUGUGGGAAUCAUCUGCCCAAGCCCCCAGGGUCCUUUUCUACACUUCUGACGGCCACAUUUUCAAGGAUUGGAGAGGUCCCCUCCCAUACGAAUCUCAGGACAUGGGCCUUCAAUAUAGUGCAGGUGUUAAACUAGUCACUUUGAGCCCAGAUGGACGACGUGUCGCAAUUGCUAACGGUUCUGCUUGCACAUGCAUUUUAAACACCCCAUCCAUGGUGGAAGCCAUGCGGCUCCGGCAUCCUCAGGUUGUCCAACCGAAAGAUACAUUACAAAUCUGGCAAGAGCAAAAUACAUUCCCAAAUACUGGAUCGUUCUCGUCGCCAGUAUUCGUCAAAGCCACCCAGAUGGUGACCCCCGAAUGGACAGCAUUGAAUAAUAGCCUUCAAGAACCUGUGUCAGGCUGUAAUUUUGCCAAAUUCGACUGCUCUUCGUCCCUGCUGGCCACGAGGCUGGAAGAUGCACCAGGUACGAUCUGGAUCUGGGAUAUUUCUAGUUCCGAUCUUCGGGCGGUGCUAAUGUAUCAUUCCAAUGUAACAAAACUAGAAUGGCACCCUAUGCAGCCCGAGCUCCUCCUCAUGAGGUGUGAGGGUGAUAGCUACGGCAGUCUCGUGUUCGCCUGGGAUCCUUUAAGCCACGGCCCGUGCUCGGUUGACUUAGCACACCGAUUUCCAGGCACGACUAGUAGCAAGACGUACGCCACAUGGCUGGGAGCAACAUCAGAAUCUCCCGCAUUUUUCUUUAGUGACAGCGCAACCUGCAUAAUCGUUUCACUUGCAGAUUCCGAUGGAGAAAUCCUUCCCUGGCGAGAUGCCUCUACACCCAUUAACACCAUCAGCCAUAGGGACGAUAUGGGCAUGCAGUCAUCACUGAGGCCUGCAUCACCUUUAGAGGAUGCUGAAGACAGUAUUUUAAUUGACAUAGACGAUGAUACUAGCGAACCAGAUGAUACAUUCCAGUUCAUUACGCACUAA